UGUCCAUCAAUGCCAGCUGUCAGUGCUCAUCAAUGCCACCUGCCAGUGCCCAUCAGUGCCACCUAUCAGUGCCAGUCAGUGCCACCUAUCAAUGCCAGUCAGUGCCACCUAUCAGUGCUACCAAUCAGUGCCAGUCAGUGCCGCCUAUCAGUGCCAGUCAGUGCCACCUAACAGUGCCACCUAACAGUGCCAGUCAGUGUCACCUAACAGUGCCAGUCAGUACCGCCUAUCAGUGCCAGUCAGUGCCACCUAUCAGUGCCACCUAUCAG